UCGUAAGUGUAGUGUGCGGACGUGAGGUUGGUGCGUUUUGAAAAGUGACAAAUUGGUUAAAAACACUCAUCAAAAACAACAACAAAAUACAAACCGAGGAUGAUCUAACCCGAUGGGCGUGCGCCGCAUCGUCACUCUAACUUCCAUUUCUGUCGAUGAAACAAGAAUACAAAAUGCCAUUGCUACGGAAAAUCGGAUGCAACCCCUAACCCCCAAAAGAUCCUCAAAAUCACCGGACACUUGGCGAUAUUUUUCCGGCAAUUUGGGGGUUAACUAACCUCAAAUUGUUAAUUGGAGGGGGUGAACUCGGACGACUGCUCCACAAAAAUAGAAGUGAUUCAUGAUGAAUUGACAGACACGACAUAUUCAACGAUCGACAACAACGAGACGAUAAGAAUUCCUGACGCUGUCUUCGAGAGUUUGGGGAAAAUUAUUUGACUGAGGGUGUUAUUUGGAGGUCAAGCGACUCUGGGGGUUUUCGCACACGCAGAAGAUCGCCGUCAGCAAUUGCAAUGGCAACGCUGUCACUCCGCAUCUCCAUACCGGAGAAAAAUGCGACCAAAAUGAUGCAGUUUGAUCCUAGCACAUCGGUGUACGAUGCGUGCAGAAUUAUCCGCGAAAAAUUGCCAGAGGCGACGAAUAUGGGACAACCGAAAGAUUACGGUCUAUUCCUCUCGGACGAGGACGCAAAAAAGGGUGUGUGGUUGGAGCCGGGUAGAAACCUAGACUACUACAUCCUCCGUAACGGUGACCUCCUGGAGUACCGACGUAAACUGCGAACUCUGCGGGUUAGAAUGCUGGACGGUACCCUAAAAACUCUCCUAGUAGACGACAGCCAGCCAGUGGCAAAUCUGAUGGUGGUGAUCUGCACAAAGAUCGGUAUAACGAAUCACGACGAGUACUCGCUAGUGCGCGAGUACAUGGACGAAGAGACAGAAAAUCAGAAGCCAGGUAACUAUGGUACCCUGACCCUGAAGCGUCGAAAGGAAGAGAAAGGAGAGCGAGACGCCAAAAUGGAUCAGCUGAGAAAGAAGCUGAAGACGGAUGACGAGGUAAAUUGGAUAGAUCCAAGCAAGACCCUGAGGGAACAGGGAAUAGACGAGGCAGAGACAGUUCUCCUUCGACGAAAAUACUUCUUCUCGGAUCAGAAUAUCGACUCCCGGGAUCCGGUGCAGCUAUCUCUGCUGUAUGUUCAAGCUAGGGACGCGAUACUCGAUGGAACCCAUCCUGUCACCCAGGAGAAGGCCUGCACAUUCGCUGGAAUUCAGUGUCAAAUACAAUUCGGUGAUCACAAAGAGGACAAACAUAAGACUGGCUUUCUCGAUCUCAAGGAAUUCCUUCCCCAGUCGUAUGUCAAAGUAAAGGGUAUCGAGAAGAAGGUAUUCGCUGAGCACAAGAAGCACGUGGGACUCUCGGAGCUAGACGCCAAGGUUCUCUACACCAAAACUGCAAGAUCAUUGAGUACUUAUGGUGUAACGUUCUUUCUCGUCAAAGAGAAGAUGAUUGGCAAGAACAAACUUGUACCACGGCUUCUCGGUGUCACCAAGGACUCGGUCCUUAGGCUCGAUGAACGCACAAAGGAGAUACUCAAGACGUGGCCUUUGACCACUGUCAGGAGGUGGGGAGCAUCUCCUAAUACAUUUACACUGGACUUUGGUGAUUACUCGGAUCAGUAUUACAGCGUUCAAACAACUGAGGCUGAGCAGAUACUUCAGCUUAUCGCUGGGUACAUCGAUAUCAUUCUGAAGAAACAGAAGGCGAAGGAUCACUUUGGCAUCGAGGGGGACGAGGGAUCAACCAUGGUCGAGGACAGCGUAUCACCACUCAAGGCGACAAUUAUGCAGCACGAAACGAGCAAUGUUGGCAGGGGAAGUGUCGAGGCGGUGUCAGUGGCCAUUCCAGCUGUUAUGAGGGCCGGCGGAGACGGAGCAAGACCCUAUGGACAUGGACACAUGGCAAGCGCCCAAUACACAACAAUUAGUGGUCAAGUCAACAUCGCCCAUGCACCACCAAUGGUACAGCAGACGAAAGUCACGUCGGUGCUGAGUGAACCUCAGAGAGCCCUUGUGUCAACGAUAACCGCAGGCCACGAAAUAAUUCACAUCGCCGAGACUGAAUUAACGUCUAAGGCCCAAUUACCUGAGCUGGGAAAUGAUCCAGCAUCACUCCAAUGGAUUGCUCAGACAAUGGUAACGCACAAGCAAAAUGUUGGUACCCAAAUUGCCGAGAUGAAUGCAGCAACAGCCCAAGUUGUAACAUUAACAUCAGGAUCAAUUGAGGAAGUUGAUCAUACAGCGGUGGGUGAAGCUAUAUCCACUAUAGCCACGAAUUUACCGGAGAUGACGAAGGGCGUACGGAUGAUUGCUGCCUUGAUGGAUGAUGAUACCUCCGGUGAUCGUUUGUUAGAUGCUGCUAGGAAAUUGUGCACUGCAUUCUCGGAUCUUCUCAAAGCAACUGAACCCGAGACCAAGGAGCCACGGCAGAACCUGUUGAACGCAGCAUCUCGCGUUGGCGAGGCCUCCCACCAGGUCCUCACGACCAUCGGUGAGGAGAACGACUCUAAUCGCGAACUCCAGGACAUGCUUCUGGCCCUGGCCAAAGCCGUGGCCAAUACCACAGCAGCACUCGUUCUAAAAGCGCGAAACAUCGCGGCAACUUGCGACGACUCGCAAACGCAGAAUCGCGUUAUUUCCGCCGCGACACAGUGCGCCCUCGCGACAUCACAACUCGUUGCAUGUGCCAAAGUUGUUGCCCCGACACUCCAAUCCCCAGCGUGUCAAACCCAGCUGAUGAACGCAGUUCGCGAAGUGACAAAAGCAGUUGAGAAUUUGGUAGACGUUUGUAACGAGACGUGCAGUGAUGAUAAUCUCCUGAAGGAGCUGUCGGCAGCAGCUGCUGAAGUCUCUCGCACCCUGAACGAUUUAUUAAAUCACAUUCGCACAGCAACGCGCACCGGUGAACGAGCCAAAGAGACAACUCAGGACGGCGCCGUAGAGACUAUAAUAUGCGCAACAGAUCGUCUAUUCGCGUCGUCGGGAGAUGCCCCGGAGAUGGUGCGUCAGGCGCGCAUUGUCGGUCAAGCGACAGCGCAUCUGAUUCAAUCGAUAAAAGACGAGGCAGAGCGUCAACCCGAUCCCGACCUUAAUCGACGGCUUUUGGCAGCUGCCAAAGCCCUCGCCGAUGCCACAUCGAAGAUGGUCGAGGCUGCGCGACAAUGCGCGUCAAGUCCUCACGAUUCACGAAUGCAAGAGCAGCUGAAGACAGCAGCUGAGGAGCUCAGAAUUGCCACGACUGUUGCAACGACUCACACAUUGAGACGAAAAGUCGGGGAAGAGGUUGUUGUUGAUAAGAGUCAAUUCGCGAGAGCUGCGCAGGCGAUUCACGCGGGGUGUGAGAAUCUCGCUGAUACGAAGAGCUCGAAGCAACAGAUUCUCGAAGCCGCUACUAUGAUCGCGAAACACACUAGCGCCCUCUGCAACGCAUGCAGACAGGCAUCGAGUAAGACGAAUGAUCCUGUUGCUAAGAGACAUUACGUUCAGUCUGCCAAGGACGUUGCCAAUUCAACAGCGAAUCUCGUUAAGGAGAUCAAGGCACUGGACAAGGAUUACUCGGAUGUCAAUCGCGACAGGUGUUCGGAGGCUACACGACCCCUGCUCGAGGCUGUUGAUAAUCUCUGUGAGUUCGCUGGAUGCACCGAGUACAUCAGAACGGUUAUUCACACUCAGGAGACCAUUUCCGGGCCUGAACGCGCGAUUAUAGAUGGCGCAUGUGCAAUUGUCGAGACCUCUAAGAGUCUGCAGGCUAGUCCACAGGAUGAGCCAGCUUGGCAGAGGCUUGCUCAACACAGCAAGACUGUCUCUGACUCAAUCAAGACUCUGGUAUCAUCGAUUAGGGAGAAGAGUCCUGGCCAGACUGAGUGUGAUACAGCUAUCGAAAAGUUGACAGCGAGGAUAAGGGAGCUCGAUUCGGCGACUCUCAGUGCAGUCUCUCAGUCUCUUAUGCCACGUAGGGAGAACUCGCAGGAAGGUUUCAUCGAAGAGAUGGAGAGAUACACGAGAGAGUUGAGGGAGCAGUUGGAGCUGCUACGAACAGCUGCCAAGUAUCAGCCUGAGAACGUUGGGCCUUGUGUUCAGCAGCUCGCUAGAUCGUAUGAGCCACUGGUCACCAGUGCCAUCGGUGCAGCCUCCAACAUGGUCAACUCUAAACAGCAGUCUGUCCUUUUGGACCAGACGAAGACCGUCGCUGAAUCUGCUCUGCAGCUUGUCUAUGUCGCUAAAGAGACAGGGGGCAAUCAUGAGGCCAUUGCUCUUCACUCAGAAGUUGAUGAGUCUGUGGAGGGGACUAAGGACGCCUUGGGUGAAUUGGACAGCACUCUGGAGAUGAUUUCAACGUCUCAUGGAGUUGUUACGGGGCUCAUUGAGACUAUCAGCAGAGCUAUGAUCAGGUUGAAUGACACGAGAAUCUCGACGGACUCGGUGGACUCUUACGUUGAUUAUCAAACGAGAAUGGUCGAGGCUGCCAAGGAGAUAGCUAGACUCGCUCAGGAGAUGUCGACCAAGUCCAGUACUGAUGUGGGACGGCUUGGACCUCUUGCUGUUGAUAUUUCUCAUAAAUACACGCAACUCGCGAGGGACUGCACUGGCGCCUCUGCAGCAGCUUCCAGUCCUGAGGUGUCAUCCAGGUUGAGAAAUGGAGUGCAGGACCUUGGCAGGGCAUGUGCAGAUAUAGUCAGGGCUUCUGGUGUGUGUCAGCUGACACCUGGGGAUGCUUACACCCAGAGGGAGGUGUCGGAGAGUGGCAAGAUCGUUACGGAGAAGGUGUCGGAAGUACUUUCGGCACUUCAGGCUGGUUCAAGGGGCACUCAGGCAUGCAUCAAUGCUGCUAGCACUGUCUCGGGGAUUAUUGGUGAUCUGGACACUACUAUCAUGUUUGCCACAGCUGGGACCCUUCAUGCUGAAAACGAGGGCGACACCUUUGCUGAUCACAGGGAGAAUAUACUGAAGACUGCCAAGGCUUUGGUCGAAGAUACCAAGACUCUUGUGGCUGGGGCUGCUUCCUCUCAGGAACAGCUCGCUGUUGCUGCGCAGAAUGCUGUGUCAACGAUUGUACAGCUGGCAGAAGUUGUCAAGUACGGAGCGGCCAGUCUUGGAACUCAGAAUGCUGAGGCCCAGGUUAUGUUGAUAAACGCCGUGAAGGAUGUAGCCUCGGCUCUCGGUGAUCUUAUUCAUGCCACCAAAGCUGCCAGUGGAAAACCCAUCAAUGAUCCCAGUAUGGCACAUCUCAAAGACUCGGCCAAGGUGAUGGUGACGAACGUGACGUCCCUCCUGAAGACAGUGAAGGCAGUGGAGGACGAGCACACACGAGGGACAAGAGCCCUGGAGUCGACGAUCGAGGCAAUUGGCCAGGAAAUUCGUGCGUCAAAUGCCCCCGACUACCAGAGGGGUGCAGUGACACCAGAGGACCUCGUCAGAUGCACCAAGAGCAUAACAACAGCAACAGCUAAAGCUGUUGCUGCUGGAAACAGCUGCAAACAGGACGACAUCAUAGCUGCUGCUAACAUGGGACGAAAAGCCAUCAGCGAUAUGCUGUCAAUUUGCAAAUCAGCUGCCCACCACUGCGCCGAGACCAGAGAAUUACGUGAGAGGACUCUCCAAGCUGGUCACGAUGUCGCUCUUAAUUAUCGAGAACUCCUCCAGGCCAUUCUCAUGAUAUCCUCCAGAUCUGGAGAUGCUAAACACACGUUGCCACAGAUAUCAAGAAAAAUUGCAACGAGUGUCACUGAACUCGUGGCUGUUGCUGAGCUACUUAAGGGCACUGACUGGGUCGAUCCUGAUGAUCCAACUGUCAUUGCUGAGAAUGAAUUGCUCGGGGCAGCUGCCAGCAUCGAUGCAGCUGCCAAAAAACUUGCCAGUCUCAGACCAAGAAGGAGCAUUCAGGAAACCUCUGAAGAUAUGAACUUUGACGAGAUGAUCCUGGAAGCAGCGAAAUCCAUCGCUGCUGCGACAUCAGCUCUGAUAAAAGCUGCAUCGGCAGCCCAGAGAGAAUUGAUUGCCACUGGCAAGGUGUCACGUACACCUCUGACAUCCUCGGACGAUGGGCAGUGGUCGGAGGGUCUGAUCUCGGCAGCUCGUCUGGUGGCAGCAGCCACUCAUAGCCUCGUGGAGUCUGCCAAUGCCCUAGUUCAGGGUGUAUCCUCCGAGGAGAAGCUCAUCUCCAGCGCCAAACAGGUGGCCUCCAGCACAGCCCAGCUUCUGGUUGCCUGUAAGGUGAAGGCAGACCCAGACUCCGAGAGUACAAAACGUCUCCAGAAUGCUGGAAACGCUGUCAAAAAAGCCACUGACAAUUUGGUGCGAGCUGCACAACAGGCAAUUCAACAAGAGGAGGAGAGAUCACUUGUGCUGAAUAAGAGAAUGGUCGGAGGAAUCGCUCAGGAAAUAAAUGCACGCUCUGAAGUCCUGAGAAUUGAGAAGCAGCUCGAGGAAGCUAGGGGAAGACUCACUGCAAUCAGGCAGGCCAAGUACAAGAAUCGAUCUGAUUACUCUGACACUGACUGCGAUGCAGAUCAGAGUGGAUAUGACAGUUAUACCUCUGGCUAUCCUACCAGGAAGAGUCCAGACUGUUUUGUCACUUCCACGCCACGAGUCCCGGAGAAGAGUGUGGGGGACAGGGAUCUCGUCAGUCCUGAGAAGGUGAAUUCCACUCAGAGCACUCUGGAGAGGAGGAUGAAGGCACCCAGGGAUACUGAAGGGCAGUAUGGAGUCGUGGAGAAGAGAUAUCAGGUACCAGGGUUUGAGAGGGGGUACCAGGAGGGAUUUGGGGAGAAUAGUCCACUGGGACAGUACAGCUCCAUUGAGAGGAAGAUCAAUCAAGAGUUUGAGGGUCCAUUUCCACCACCUCCUCCUCAGAUUUCUAGUGGGAGGAAGGGGUUCGGGGUGAGGGAGGAGGUGGGAUUCGGGGGGGAGAGGUUCUCACAGCCCAUGACAACCUUUAAAACUGAAGUGCAGAAGUUUGUCGGGGGAGAGAGGAGAGAUGUGGGGGACAAGGCAAGUUUUGGGAUUGCGAGGGAUCAGGGGAUGGGGGAUAAGUCGAGGCUCUUUGGAGGUAAACCCAGUAUUGGGGGGUUCGGGGAUUGCACCAGGGAGGAGAGGUUCACCGGGGACAAUCAGAGUUACACCAAUGUUGAGAGCAAACUUUUACCUGGGGGCAGAGUGGAGACCAUCACCACGAAAGUGUACUCGUCCAUACCUGGACAGACAUCUUCGUCUAGUAAUUUUGAGAGCACUCAGGAGCAGGAGUUUAUCACCAGUGGAAGCGAUUUGUCCAGCUUUAGGGGUGGUGAUAGCUCGAGGUUCUCAUCCACCGAGCAGAAGAGUCAGAAGGAACAUGUCACUCAGAAAGUUACGGAGAAAAAAACUGUCACUAUGACUGUGUCGAAACAUCAUGAGAGCAGAAAUAAAAUUUUGAGCUUUGAGGAGAAGUAGAGGAUGAGGAAAUUUUUGGGACUCUGGAAUUCCCUGGAUUACCUCGUUUACUGCCUUGUACACUGAUGAUUAUUUUCGGGUGUAGUUUGAAAAUUUUCAAAAGGGUGAGCACAAAAUUAAUGCAAUUUGAAGAUUUUUAGAUGAGUAUUAGAUAAGUGUCCUUAGAUAGCUAUCUCAAGUGCUUUCGAUUUAGCCUUUUUAGGAUUACAACACAAUUGCCUUUGAAAGAAAAAAAAAAUUGAAAUUUAAAUUCAGUGAAAAACGUCCAUACGUCGAUAAAUCAUUGUGACAAUAGCGGAUUUUUUGUGUAACUGCUUUCUGUAGUUUCGAUACCCGGGGAUUUAGUUCUAGAUGAAUUUUAUUUUAAUCAGUUUCUCUCCUUUUUUAGUUUAGAAGAACUAAUUAUUAUUUUUUUUUCUCGUUUGUUUGAUGUUAAUUACGUUGACACAUGCGAGACGAUUAACAAGAGAAGCAACAUAUCAUUUAAUUUUAUUAAUUUUCCGGGAGACAGUGGCUUUUGAUAUGGCGACACUCCCAUUUUUAUUAACUUUUCUUUUCUCCUUUUUUCCUUUUAAUUCAUUAAUUUUUUUUUCCUUCUUUUUUCCGAGUCUGUUGCUACUCCCACCCACACACAAAUCUCGAACUAAUUGCAAUAUUUUUUAUGUAAAAUUGAAGGUUUUUUUUAGACAAGUGAUUAAAUGAUACUAAAGUGCAAUUUAUUAAUUUUUUACGUAAUACUUUAAGACACAUGGAUAAAUUUACAUGCACAAUUAAAAAUUUCGAUGCCUUAAUCAAUUAUUUGGAAUUGAGUAAGUGAUUACCAAAAAUGCUUUAUUAAUUAAUUAAUUAACGAUUGAACGACGUAUUUGUCAAGUGGAAAAAUUUUUUUUUUCUUCGUUUUUCGAUGGAAAGUGGGAUUAUUCGAUGGGAAAUUGGCCCUCGGUAACCACAAGAAUAAUAUAUUAUAUAUUAUACAUAUGUAUACAAAAGUAAUUGAUGAUUGUAAUUAAUUCAAAGGAAUUUUAUUUUAUUCACAAGUUUUAAUCAGCCAGAUAUUGUUUUCAAUAAUUUUAAUCUAUUAUCUUGAUUUAGUAUGAAUUUCGUUCUGGAGAAAUAAUCAUUUUUAACGAUUUUUACAUUGUAACAGAGACGAGCCAAUGAAGCCUUAUUAAAAUAAAAUGAUCAAUUGAGAUAA